UUCUCGGAUACUCAAGCCUCGAUUCUGGACUUCUUAUUCCCAGGCUUUACUCGCAUAUCUGCCGCUAUCCAGGGGUAUCUUACUAUUAACUUGAAUGUCUAUAUUCCUCUACUAUGUUUCUUUAGGUUAAUUAUAUUUGGUUACGGAUAUAUUUGCAAGUAUUUAUUAGGAUUACUUAAGACUUAU